AUGGAGACAUCCGGAGAUAAAAGCACGAUGGAAUCCACAAUCCAUCAAUUCUCGGACUUGAAUCUGUCCAACAAGCCAUCAUCCCGCCUCGCCCCGUCAACUCGUACCCUCCCCCGAACCACCCUCAAAAGAAUCCCCAAGUCCAUCGGCAAGAGCACCAUCAAAGCCGACAAGUCAUACCUCGCCUUGUUGGAGGAUGGCCGUCCGAGACGUGACCGCAAGAGGAACGAAGGGCGGCGCUCCAAGUGGUGGUCUAACCGCGAGAAGGCCUUGAUGCAGCAUCCCAGGGGUUUCGCUGAACACAGCGGCCUCGCAACCAAGAUGAUAUCGUACUGCAAGGCUAUAAAGGAGGCGGAUGAGAACGAGGGAGAGGUCGACUCCCUCCCUGCUCACACAACCGAUACGGCUGGGAUGGAUGACGACCCGAGUUGGGACGACCCGGCGCUGCAUCCUGACCUAGUACGUGAGUUCCGUGGGACGAAGGCUUGGAAGUUCUUUAGUGAGGCACUCGCUCGAUUCCGCCUUGGAGAAGAUCUGUCGUCGCAAUUUGCAUCACUCGACCUGGCUGGAGAGGCAUUGCAGAGUGCGACUUGA